AUGGCCGACAGACUGCACGAGGAAGCCGUCUACGACAGCGACGACGCUCACCUGAAGUCCCGCCCGUCCACCCCCCACAGCUCCUCCCAAGAGUCCACAGAAACCCCCGCAGGUGUGCACUUCCCCGAGGCCAAGGACGGAUUCUUCGGAUACAACGAGGAGAAGACGCUGCACCAUAUCGAGGAGAAGUUGUGGGCGCACCGACGCGGGUCGGACGCAGCAACGACAUCGCGACCGGUCUCCGCGCUGGGCUCCCCCCACAUGCGCGCAGACGCGCACGCCGACGGGCCGUCGUCCUUCGUCGGCAGCUUCAAGCUGUCUGCCAUCUCGGAGCCUCCUGCGCAAGCGGUGCCGGGCUCCUCCGCAGAGGCGCAUCGCAUUGCCGAAUUUGCCAUCGCGCCCGAGUUUUACCCCAUCCUGGAGUCGCUGCAGAAAUGCCUGGAGCUGCGCGACAAAUACAUGCUCCGCUCCGGACAGCAGCUCGGCUUCAACCCGAAGGAUCACGACGGCGUGUUCACGGGACUGGACGACGACAUAGCGACGGUCACCGGCAUCCGCCCCGAUGCGGAUCGCGACGGCCGCUCGCCCCCAGCCAGUCCCUUCACGCCGUGGAGGAUCUAUCCCAGACCCCCGCCGCCUCACUGGCACUGGAGGGGCACCCAGGCCGUCCCCCCGAGCCAGUCGGGACACAGCGACGACGAAGACGAGGAGUUUGUCUUCGAGAACUGCAAGAUUCCAGGCGCGGACGGCUGGCAUUUUGAGAUGGACGAGAAGGGCGUGUUCCAAGUCUACGAGACCGAAGACGACCGGACGCCCAAGUUUGAUAUUCCGAGCAUUCGGGAGUACUUCAUGGACCUGGAAUACGUCCUCGGUGUCAUAGCCGACGGCCCGUCUAAAAGCUUCGCGUUCCGCCGGCUCAAUUACCUCACGAGCAAGUUCACGAUGUACAGUCUGCUGAACGAGACACAGGAAUUGGUAGACAUGAAGAGCGUGCCUCAUCGUGACUUCUACAACGUCCGCAAGGUCGAUACCCAUGUCCACCAUUCGAGUAGCAUGAACCAAAAGCAUCUUCUCCGUUUCAUAAAAUCCAAAAUGAAGCGUAGUCCCGAUGACGUCGUCAUCUUCCGUGAUGGCAAAGAGCUGACGCUCGAAGAAGUGUUCAAGUCGCUCAACCUCACCGCGUACGAUCUAUCCAUUGACACGUUGGACAUGCACGCGCAUCAAGACUCGUUCCACCGCUUCGACAAAUUCAAUUUGAAAUACAAUCCUAUCGGAGAGUCUCGCUUGCGAGAGAUCUUCCUGAAGACAGAUAACUACAUCGCUGGCCGCUAUCUGGCUGAACUGACAAAGGAGGUCAUGAUUGACUUGGAGCAAAGCAAAUACCAAAAUUGUGAAUGGCGUGUCAGCAUCUACGGUCGGAGUGCGGGUGAAUGGGACAAACUUGCCAAGUGGAUCGUCAAUAACAAGCUCUACUCGCACAAUGUCCGCUGGCUGAUCCAGGUGCCGCGCCUGUACGACGUUUACAAGCAAAAUGAUUCUAUCGAGACGUUUGAGGACAUUGUUCGCAACGUCUUCCGCCCUCUAUUCGAGGUCACACACAACCCAUCGUCGCACCCAGAGCUGCACGUCUUUCUGCAGCGCGUCAUCGGGUUCGACACGGUCGACGAUGAGUCGAAAACCGAGCGGCGGUUCUACAGGAAGUUUCCGUACCCCAAACUGUGGAAUACGAAGGAGUCGCCGCCAUACUCGUACUGGGCGUACUACAUGUUUGCGAACAUGGCCAGUCUGAAUAAUUGGCGGCGUUCCCGUGGGUUCAAUACGUUCGUCUUCCGCCCGCACAGCGGAGAAGCUGGGGAUACGGACCACUUGACGUCCGCCUUCUUGACUGCUCACUCGAUCAGUCACGGUAUCCUGCUGCGCAAGGUGCCCGCACUGCAAUAUCUAUUCUACUUGAAGCAGAUUGGUAUUGCCAUGAGUCCUCUUAGCAACAACGCACUCUUCCUGGCCUACGAGCGGAACCCGCUUCCUGAGUUCUUCAAGGUCGGCUUGAAUGUUAGCUUGAGUACUGACGACCCGCUGCAGUUCCACUUCACCAAGGCAGGCGAACCCUUGCUCGAGGAAUACAGCGUAGCCGCUCAUAUCUACAAAUUGCCCCAGAGCUCUCUGGCAGAGCUUGCACGCAACUCGGUCAUCCAGAGCGGCUUCGAGAUGGAGAUAAAGCGGCACUGGCUGGGGCAGCACUGGUAUCUGCCAGGCGCGGCCGGCAACGAUAUCAACAAGACGAAUGUGCCCAAUUUGCGACUGGAGUACAGACGACAGACGCUUGUAGAAGAGCUGUCGAUGAUCCGGGCGAACUCGCAUUCUAGCACUGUGUAGCUACAUGUCCCCUGACAAUUUCAGCUCCAAUUGCCUGCGUCUGCGCGCGCAUGGGUAACCCAUCCUCAUCU